GGGCGGGGAGUCGGGCGCGGCGCCUCCCUGCUCGCUGCUAAACGCGGCCGGAGCCGGGAGCGGGGCGGUGGCAGCGGGACGGAGCCGGAGCCGGGCAGCGAGCCGGGCACGGAGCGUAGUGCCUGGGAGCCGAGCCCGGAGUAUGGCCGGGGCCGCGGCCGCCGCUGCUGCUGCUCCCGCUCCCGCAGCCCGCGGGGAACUUUUCCCCGCGGCCGGUGCCUCCUGGCGGCGGCGGUGGCGGCGUUUGGGCUCGGCGGCGCCCGGCGGGCCGGGGCUGGGGCUGCUGGGGCUGCUGGUGUCCCGCCUGUGCUGCGGUACCUUAGCUGGACCAGUUGUUGAUCCACAUGUGACAGCAGUUUGGGGGAAGAAGGUUGCACUGAAAUGCAUAAUUGAUGUAAAUGAAACAAUAACACAAGUUUCCUGGGAGAAGAUGCACGGUAAAAUUUCAGAGACAAUUGCUGUUCAUCACCCUGAAUAUGGAAUUUCUAUUCAAGGAAAAUACCAAGGAAGAGUGUCAUUUAAAAACUACUCGCUCACCGAUGCAACAAUCAUCCUGAAAAAUGUAAGCUUUUCUGAUGCAGGAGAAUAUAUUUGCAAGGCAGUUACAUUCCCACUUGGAAAUGCACAGUCAUCAAUAACUGUAACAGUACUAGUUGAACCUGUUGUGAGCUUAACAAAAGGACCAAACCCUCUAAUAGAUGGUGCAAAUCAAACAACAGCAGCAAUUUGUACAGCAGCCACUGGAAAACCUGCUGCAGAGAUUGACUGGGAAGGAGGUCUUGGUGAAAUGGAAUCCAGCUCUACUUUGUUUCCAAAUGAAACAGUGACAGUUGUAAGUCAGUAUAAUAUUGUCCCUACACGAUUUGCAAGAGGAAGACGUAUAACUUGUAUUGUGAAGCACCCAGCUUUGGAAAAGGAGAUAAGAUACUCUCAUGUGUUGGAUAUACAGUAUGCCCCAGAAGUUUCAGUAACUGGCUAUGAUGGUAACUGGUUCAUCGGAAGAGAGAAUGUUCAGCUCAGGUGUAAUGCUGAUGCAAAUCCAUUACCUAUGGAAUUGAUGUGGACCAGGUUGGAUGGACAAUGGCCUGAAGGACUGCUGUCUGUCAACAACACUCUGCAGUUUACCAGCCCAUUGACUUACAACUACACUGGGACUUAUAUCUGUAAGGUGACUAAUGCCCUUGGUCAGAGAAGUGAUCAGAAGACUAUCUACAUAUCAGAUGUGCCAUAUAAGCAGACAUCUUCUGUUGCUGUAGCAGGGGCUGUGAUUGGAGCAGUCCUUGCUCUUUUUAUCAUUACCAUCUUUGUGACAGUGCUGCUGACCCCAAGGAAAAAAAGGCCAUCUUAUCUUGACAAAGUGAUUGAUCUUCCACCCACUCAAAAACCAUCUUCCUGUGAGGAGAGAGUAUUCUCUGUACCACAGAAAGAAGCUAUGCUUCAGAAAGAACAUUUUGCUUUGCAAAGCCAGUGUGGAGAGAGAGAGACUGGGAACUUGCAGCACAUGAAAGUCAUGAAUGGAAAGCAACUUACCUGCGAAGCUGAAGAGCUACAGGAACAACAGAGUCUUCAGCAUAUAUAUCCUGUUUAUCAGCACACGUAUUACAAAAAUUGGAGCAGCAGACACCCUCAAAGCUUGGGGCCUGGGAGAGUCUACAUCAAUCCAAGGGAGCAUUAUGUGCAGAUGAGGGGAAACUUCUAGAUAUCUAUACAGACCCACAAAACAAGGCCAGCUCUUCUGUAAGGCUGGAAAUCGGGAAAGUCACUAUUUGAAAUAAACUGGUCAAAAGAUAAGAGGUGAAAUUCAGCUUAAAUGUAAUAUGAAAUGUAAUAUGUUUAACUCUGAGUUCUUGGUGCAUUAGUAAUUAAUAG